ACGUGCUCAUAAUCACUGGCACAAAAAUCAAACGUCGUUGAACGAAUGGGAAUUCCCCUAGCUUUCUCAAACUUAUGAACCGGAAUGCAGUUGCUAUAUGCAGUAAAAGACUGUGUUGGCGUCUGAAUUUUUUCCACGUCACAAACUGAAAAUCAUUUCUAAUAUUUAACUAUAGUCGCUGUUCGUGUGAAUAUACAAAUAUCAACAGUUUAUAAGAGGGAUACUCGGAAUGGCGACUGAAAUAAAUGAUGAAACGAUUGGAUGCACUUUCCAGUGGAAAAUUGAGAAUAUAAGUCAUUGCUGGUUGAAAAAGAACGAAUUCAUAGAGAGUCCUGUUUUCACUGCAGAUGCUCUGAAAGGCACGAAAUGGAAGUUGUAUUUCUAUCCCAUGGGAUGUAAUAAUGAAAAUAAACUAGAUUUUUCUCUUCAUAGAGUACCAGACAACACUGGAAAGAAUUUCGUUCAACUAAAUUAUCUGCUCGCUUUUGUGGAUAAAAGUGGCUCGAUCUUGCACGAAAUAAACGGAUUACCGAAUUUAAAUUUCGGAAUGAAUUCAAUGCGGGGUUUCCUAGAAAGCCAAACACGGGAUUUUAUUUUCGGAAGUGGAAAAGAAGCAUAUCUUCCCGAAGACACUCUGACUGUUCAGUGUACUUUAUGGGAAAAAGAAAAGAAACCUGAUAAAGUCGAGCAUUUAUAUGCCCGAACGGUUUACAUAGUGAAUCGAAGAUCUUUCUUGUGGAGGAUGGAAAAAUUCAGUUCUCUUAAAUCCGGGAAAAAAUAUAAAUUAACCACUGAUUUUAUUGAUUUAGAUUUUUUUAUAACUGAAGGACUAGAUUUUGAAAAAAAAUUAGGCUUAAAAUUUAAUCAUAGGUUUUCUUUAAAAUAUUUUUCGUUUAUAACAUCUGUGGUGGAUUUGGCAGGGAGAAAGAAAAAUUGCGGAACCCAUGAAUAUUUCCAAGAAGAUUUAAGAAAGGGGGUAUCGUGCAUGUUGCUUUCUACUAAAGAGUUGAUGGAAAACCAAAGCCACUAUUUGCCGAAUGAUAUGCUCACUCUUGAGUGUGAGUGUGUCUAUUCAACUGGAGCUGCUACAAAAGAAUUUUGCGGCUUUUUAAUGGAAAGCCCUGAAUCAACGAAUGAAAUUGUUGAAAGUAUAAGUGAGCGUAAUAUCCAAAAAGGGGAAUCUCAAAACUUAUCAAAUCUGGCAGAAGACUUGAAAUCCAUUUAUAACGAUACCAUCUUCAGCGACAUAGAAGUUCGUACUUCAACAAAAACCUUUCCAACUCAUAAAAAUAUUUUAACCGCUAGAUCUCCAGUGUUUAGGACCAUGUUCAGCAACGACAUGAAGGAGAGGAACAGUGGACAUGUCGACAUCACCGAUUUCGAGGAUGACACCGUACACCGAAUGCUUCUGUACAUGUACACGGAUUCACUGGAAGAUCUACAGUUUGAAAGCGCAUCCAGUUUGUACAAGAUUGCUGACAAGUAUCAGAUUCUCUCCCUAAAACGCAGGUGUUCUUUCUUCUUGAAGAUGAACUUGAGUGCAUCAAAUGCGUGUGAUAUUUUGAUUCUUGCUGAUCUACUCGAUGAUGGUGAUCUAAAACGUGCUGCGCAAGAUUAUAUACUGGGACAGAAGAAAGAUUUUUUUUGCUCUCAAGAAUGGAAGGAAUUGAUGAAAACUCAUCUUGAUAUUGCUGCAGAUGUUAUGGUCAGAAAGAUGUAUCAGGAAUAAGAUCCUCCAUGAAAUGCGUACACUCUUCAACCACGUUCUUUUUAGGAUAGGUUAAUAAAAGCGACGAUUAUUUCCACCUCCCAUCCUUGAACUUCCCUCAUGUGGCAGUGGAAAUGUGGAGAAAAGAAAAAGAUAUGGUUUACUCGAAUAUUUCAGAGUGAAGAGUAGCAUUCUCAAUAAUGAAAACAAAAACUGCCUUAAGUAGCUGCAAAUGCUAUCCAUUAACUGAGACUGCUGCAUUCAUCAGAUUAAUUUUGAAAAAUCAUAAUUUUUAAUUAAUCGGUUGAUGAUUUUCAAGUGAUUUUUUCACAAUAUUAUUAAAUUUAAAAAGCGAUUAUUACUUAAAGAAAAUAUAAAUUUUUCUUCCGCUUUCGAAGAAUUUUUUCGUACUUAUCGGCUGUGUAAUUGCUGAGUUAUUGGUGCUUGAUUUAGAUGUACUUAACAGUUUG